AUGGGGCAGCAGGUGGGCCGCGUCGGGGAGCCGGGCGCGGGGCUCCAGCACCAGCCGCCGCCGCAGCAGCAGCAGCCGCGGGGUCUGCGGGGGAGCAGCGCGGCCAGGCCGGCGGGCCGCCGGCGGGAGGCGGCCGGGCGCUCCGCAGAGGGAGGAUUCAAUGUCUUCACCCAGCACGAGGCCCUGCACCGCCCCUACGGCUGCGACGUCGAGCCCCAGGCACUGAACGAAGCCAUCAGGUGGAGCUCCAAGGAGAACCUGCUUGGAGCCACUGAGAGCGACCCCAAUCUCUUUGUUGCACUUUACGAUUUUGUAGCAAGUGGUGACAACACACUCAGCAUCACCAAAGGUGAGAAGUUGCGAGUCCUGGGUUACAACCAGAAUGGUGAAUGGAGUGAGGUACGUUCAAAGAACGGGCAGGGCUGGGUUCCAAGCAACUACAUCACGCCCGUGAACAGCCUGGAGAAGCACUCGUGGUACCACGGGCCCGUGUCCCGCAGCGCCGCCGAGUACCUGCUCAGCAGCCUCAUCAACGGCAGCUUCCUGGUGCGGGAGAGCGAGAGCAGCCCGGGCCAGCUGUCCAUCUCGCUCAGGUACGAGGGACGUGUGUACCACUACAGGAUCAACACCACCUCAGAUGGCAAGGUCUAUGUGACAGCAGAAAGCCGUUUCAGCACGCUGGCAGAGCUGGUGCACCAUCACUCCACGGUGGCAGAUGGCCUGGUGACAACCCUGCAUUACCCAGCCCCCAAGUGCAAUAAGCCCACGGUGUACGGGGUGUCCCCCAUCCAUGACAAGUGGGAGAUGGAGCGCACCGACAUCACCAUGAAGCACAAGCUCGGGGGAGGGCAGUAUGGAGAGGUCUACGUGGGGGUCUGGAAGAAAUACAAUCUCACAGUGGCUGUGAAAACGUUAAAGGAAGAUACCAUGGAGGUGGAAGAGUUCUUGAAGGAAGCUGCUGUGAUGAAGGAGAUCAAGCACCCAAAUCUAGUGCAGUUGUUAGGUGUGUGCACCCUGGAGCCCCCGUUCUACAUCGUGACAGAGUACAUGCCCUACGGGAACCUGCUGGACUACCUGCGCGAGUGCAACCGCGAGGAGGUCAGCGCUGUCGUGCUGCUCUACAUGGCCACCCAGAUCUCCUCUGCCAUGGAGUACCUGGAGAAGAAGAACUUCAUCCACAGGGACCUGGCAGCACGGAACUGCUUAGUUGGAGAAAACCACGUGGUGAAGGUGGCUGACUUUGGCUUGAGUCGACUCAUGACUGGUGACACCUACACAGCCCAUGCUGGGGCCAAGUUCCCAAUCAAAUGGACAGCUCCUGAGAGCCUGGCCUACAACACCUUUUCAAUCAAAUCAGAUGUGUGGGCCUUUGGGGUGCUGUUAUGGGAAAUUGCUACCUAUGGGAUGUCACCAUACCCAGGCAUUGACCUCUCUCAGGUGUAUGAUCUGCUGGAGAAGGGCUAUCGGAUGGAGCAGCCAGAGGGGUGCCCUCCCAAGGUGUAUGAGCUGAUGAGGGCAUGCUGGAAGUGGAACCCACCAGACCGACCUUCCUUUGCUGAGACCCACCAGGCUUUUGAAACCAUGUUCCACGACUCGAGCAUCUCAGAGGAGGUAGCAGAGGAGCUUGGAAGAACAGCCUCAUCCUCAUCCAUAGUUCCUUACCUGCCCCGCUUACCCAUGCUUCCCUCCAAGACAAGGACCCUGAAGAAGCAGGCAGAGAACAAGGAGAACAUUGAGGGAGCACAGGACACUGUGGAGCACUCAGCAUCCAGCUCAGCACCAGGUUUCAUCAGAAGCACACAGCCAGCAGGCGGGUCCCCCGCGCUGCCCCGCAAGCAGAGGGACAAGUCCCCCAGCAGCCUCCUGGAGGAUGCCAAAGAGACCACGUUCACCAGGGACAGGAAAGGGGGCUUCUUCAGCUCCUUCAUGAAGAAGAGGAACGCUCCCACGCCUCCCAAGCGCAGCAGCUCCUUCCGGGAGAUGGAGAACCAGCCCCACAAGAAAUACGAGCUGACGGGUAACUUCUCCUCUGUGGCCUCCUUGCAGCACGUGGACGGGUUCUCCUUUGCUCCAGCACAGCAGGACACGAGCCUGGCUCCCCCCAAGUGCUACGGAGGGGGCUUUGUGCAGAGGACCUUCUACAGCGAGGAGGGCACUGGGCCCAGCAGUGCUGGGGCUGUGAGCACUGGCGGAGGGUGGUCGGGCAUCACCGGCUUCUUCACGCCACGCUUGAUUAAAAAGACGCUGGGUUUGCGAGCAGGAAAACCCACUGGCAAUGAAGAAGCUUCAAAGCCUUUUCCAAGGUCAAACUCUACAUCUUCCAUGUCCUCAGGGCUUCCAGAGCAGGAUAGGAUGGCAAUGACCCUUCCCAGAAAUUCCCAGAGGUCAAAAAUUCAGCUGGAACGGACUGUGUCCACCUCCUCCCAGCCCGACGAGAGCACAGAGAGGGCCAGUGACCUGAUUCCCAAAAGGUUUGAAGAAGGCCCUUCUUUGACCAGAGAGAGACCAAAAGCAAAACUCUUGCCAAGGGGUGCCACAGCGCUCCCUUUUCGAACUCCCUCCGCGUCGGAAGAAAAGGAGGGUCCGGGGCCAGUGGCAGCUCCAAAGGGCAAGGAAAAAAACAGCGGCCCACGACAAGGGGCCCUUGAGGAUGGCGAGAGGCCGGGGUGGUCAUCUCCGGUAAAGGCUGCAGCAAUACUUCCAACCACUCAUAACCACAAAGUGCCAGUCCUAAUCUCACCCACUCUAAAACACACUCCAGCAGACGUGCAGCUCAUUGGCACAGACUCUCAGGGUAAUAAAUUUAAGCUCUUAUCUGAGCAUCAGGUCACUUCUUCCGGCGACAGGGACCGGCCCAGACGGGUAAAACCAAAGUGUGCUCCACCUCCACCACCGGUGAUGCGGCUCCUCCAGCAGCCGGCUGCCUGCUCGGACGCAGCAGAAGAGCUGAGCAGCGCGGCGGGAGCGCAGCACGGACUGGAACCCAGCGAAGGGAGUAAGAAGGCGGCAGCAGCAGCAGCACCUGUCGGUGGAAAAUCCGGGAGGCCCGCGAUGCCUCCGCCCCAAGUGCCUCUGUCAACGUCUUCCACCUCCCCGGUGAAAAUGGCCAACGGCACGGCCGGCGCCAAGGUAGCGCUGAGAAAGACCAAGCAGGCGGCCGAGAAAAUCCCCGCAGACAAGAUCAGCAAGGAGGCGCUGCUGGAGUGCGCCGAUCUCCUGUCCAGCGCCAUCGCCGAGCCCACGCCCAACAGCCAGCUGGUGGACACGGGGCACCAGCUGCUGGAUUACUGCUCAGGCUACGUGGACUGCAUCCCCCACACGCGCAACAAAUUCGCCUUCCGGGAAGCCGUGAGCAAACUGGAACUCAGCCUGCAGGAGCUGCAGGUGUCCUCGACGGCCGCGGGCGUCCACGGGGCGAACCCCGUCCUUAAUAACUUAUUGUCAUGUGUCCAAGAAAUCAGUGACGUGGUGCAAAGGUAGCUA